AGUGCUUCAAUUUCGCGACUGUCACUCAUGUUCAAGCCUGAGGCUCAGAUACCGGUAUGGUACAGUAUCUUUGCUGCUUGGGAUGAUUCAAGGUCCCCCUUCAUCGAGAAUUUACACGCGUUGUAGAUGUGAAAACGAGAACAGAAGCACACGGCUGCCUUUUUCAAAUGAGGUUCAUGGAUGUGGCACGGAGAGUGAUGCCGAUACCUACAACAGUACCAGUGCCUUGCUACUAGCAGGAACACGAACAUCAUCAUACGUACCGUUCCUCUAUAUCUAGCUAGCUACAGUUUGGGUAGAAGAGAAACGAGACAAUGACCACGAGCACGAAUAGUCUCAAGGAGAAGGAUUUGUAUUUUGUGGCGGUAAAGGGGUUGCUGCGUAAAGGAGACGAGCUGCUACUCACCAAGGACAUUUUCAAAGACGGUUGGGAUAUUCCCGGCGGUCGGCUCAAGCCGCACGAAUUCGAGACACCCCUGGCCGAUGUGCUAGAACGCAAGAUUCGGGAGGAACUUGGACCCGAAGUGCAGUACAUGAUGGGGGAGGCAAAGGUCUUUUUUCGCCACGAACGAACCGAACCAGAUGCCGGGCAUGUCCGCAUCUUUGCCGUUGGCUUUGAAUGUCAAUUCUUGCAAGGAUCCAUCCAGCUGGGUGAACAUCACGAACAAUACGACUGGGUCAACGUGAAAGCCUUUGAUCCAAAGGAACGCUUCACUGGUGGCUGGUGCAAAGGGCUGGAAGAAUACGUGGCUCUCGUCAAGCAACAGGAUCAAUCAUCAGAGUCGGCAUAAAACUACUUUAGUAGAAGGUAGACAUUACACUACAACGUAUGGAGCGAGCGAUACCGGUAGCUACC